ACUAUUUUAGAAAUUAAGAUGAGAAUUUUAACUGCAAAAGUCUCUACUAUGGCUUUUCAAGUUAUGCUUGCCCAGGCUCUGACAACAGAACAUGAAGAGACUGCUGGCCUUUUGAUAGGAAAUGUAAGCAUGAGUUUAGUUAAACUUCAGACUGCCCCUCCAGUCAGCAAUGUUUUUUCCGUUCUUCCACUUAUUCGAACUUUCAAGAGGAAGGAUAGGGUUGAAAUUUCCAGUGAGCAGCUGGCGAACGCCUCAGAUAUCUGCGAGAGUUUGUCUAAAAAUACUGGAGAAAAUUUGAGAGUUAUUGGAUGGUAUCACUCCCAUCCCCACAUUUCUUUCCUGCCCAGUCACGUUGAUGUCAUGACCCAAUACAAUUAUCAAGCUAUGGAUGCUGACUUUAUAGGACUAAUAGUAUCGGUUUUUGAGCGCGCCCGGCAGCCAAUGGUCAGUCUUUUGAUUCAUUUUUACGUGCUUUACUUUAGUUGA